GUGUCCCAAUUUCCGGUUCCGGCAGUACCGGGAUCCCGGUCGAGAUGGAGGAAGAUGCGACCGGAGGCCGUCAGUUGCCGGGAACAGAGGAUAGAGUGGGAGCUGCGGCCUAGAGGUCCGCUCUGGGAGUUUGCCUCAGACGCGGCAGAACCGCCCUGAACUGAGAAGUGGAAAUGGACACAUGACCUUGGGACCCUGGAUGACAAACACCCUGUUUGUCAGUGAUACAGUGAUCCCCUUAUCUUGAAGGGCCUCAAAGGAGAAGACUGCCUUGCUGGACUUGGUCUUCGGGCACAAUGGAGGACAAACGUAACAUCCAGAUCAUCGAGUGGGAACACCUGGACAAGAAGAAGUUCUAUGUGUUUGGUGUGGCAAUGACAAUGAUGAUCCGCGUCAGUGUCUACCCAUUCACCCUCAUCCGCACUCGGCUGCAGGUUCAAAAAGGCAAGAGCCUCUACCAUGGGACCUUUGACGCCUUCAUCAAGAUCCUACGGGCAGAUGGUGUGGCUGGCCUCUACCGGGGAUUCCUGGUCAACACCUUCACCCUCAUAUCUGGCCAGUGCUACGUCACCACUUAUGAGCUCACCCGGAAGUUCGUAGCUGACUACAGCCAGAGCAACACAGUCAAAUCACUGGUGGCCGGUGGCUCGGCCUCGCUUGUAGCUCAGAGCAUCACGGUGCCCAUUGAUGUGGUCUCCCAGCACCUCAUGAUGCAGCGCAAGGGUGAGAAAAUGGGCCGUUUCCAAGUGCGAGGGAAUCCAGAGGGACAAGGGGUAGUUGCCUUUGGCCAAACCAAGGACAUCAUCAGGCAGAUCCUGCGGGCCGAUGGACUUCGUGGCUUCUACCGAGGCUAUGUGGCCUCACUGCUUACUUACAUCCCAAACAGUGCUGUCUGGUGGCCCUUCUAUCACUUCUAUGCAGAGCAGCUCUCGUCCCUCUGUCCUAAGGAGUGCCCUCACAUUGUCUUUCAAGCCAUCUCAGGGCCUCUGGCAGCAGCCACUGCUUCCAUCCUCACCAACCCCAUGGAUGUCAUCCGAACCCGAGUGCAGGUUGAGGGAAAGAACUCCAUCAUCCUGACCUUCCGACAGCUGAUGGCAGAAGAGGGGCCUUGGGGCCUCAUGAAGGGACUCUCUGCCAGAAUCAUCUCAGCCACGCCCUCCACCAUUGUUAUUGUGGUGGGCUACGAGAGCCUCAAGAAACUCAGCCUCCGACCUGAGCUGGUGGACUCAAGACACUGGUAACCAGUGGUGGGGAGAGAAGCCUGCUGUUUCCCACACUAUGCGCUGGGGGCAGAGAGGAGACCAUAGCACCCUCUCCAAGUGCCCCCACCACUACCUAACUCUGCCCUGGGCCAGGUGGCCUCUCUGGGACAGGGACAGAGACUUCGAACUGCUCUUGCUGAAGAGGCUCCACACCUGGAUCCCCUGCCCCCAUUAUUUUUAAUUUUCUUGCCAAACUGGGCUCCCUCACUAGUCCAGGUACUCAGUCCUGCCCUAAGGAAACCCACCCUCCCUGCAAUCCCACUCCAUCCAUCCUCUGCUAACCCUUCUCUCCCUUCUCCCUCCAUCUGCACCCCUGAGAUCCUGAGAAGAGCUGUACACAGAGCUUGCUCACUGCUACUGGUUCUUCUUCUUGGGCUUUCAGCCCAGAUUCCAAGCAGCUGCUAGCAGCCCUUUCUUGCUUCAUCCCUUAGGGUAGUAUGUUUUUCUUUUGGGACCGAGCUUCCCACCAGACUACUCUGCUUUUCCCUGCCACUGGGGGCAAGGUGCCAGGCACUUUUGCACAGGGAGUAGGAGCAGCAAAACCUCUGGUUCUCCAGAGCACUCGUCCUCUCUUUGGAGAGUUAUUAGGUUGGAGAGAGAUGUUGAUACUUUAUUUUGUGUGUGUAUUUUUCUGUUAACCAAGCUACUGUCUUAGUCCUGCUAAAGCACCAGUCCUGCAAUCAGAGCCCACCCCUUCCUCAGACAGGUGGGAAAAUGUAAUGUAGCUUUCCCUCAAUCUCAGUUCCUAUCCGUCCCUCCCAGUCCCUUGAGUCCAAGCAGUCCCAGGACAUAUAAGCUGUUGUUUUCCCCUAGCCCACAUGACUACAGUAGUGGACACAGCUCUACGUAGAUCAGACUGUCUGGGGCACACUGGACUUGGAGCACUACCCUGUAAAGUCAGGUUUAGAGAGUAGCUGGUUUGGAAUGUGAUUGAAGGGUAUGUGCGUCCCAGCGUAUCUCCUUCGACCAGCUGAGCCAAACCUAGGACAGGGCAACGAGCUUCUCAGCCCCAGGCAGUCAUGACAUACACAUAUAUACCCUAAUCACUGCGACUCACAGAAACAGAUGUUGUCUCACAAUGGGACUCUCUGAGAUGGGAAACCUUCCUUCUCCCCGAUGUGAGGCAUCAUCCCAGUCAUGGUACCCUCUGGAGGAAUGCUUAAAAGAGAGUAAAGAAAAAAAGAGAAAGAGUGAAAAAGAGAGUGGGUCAGGAAGUUCCCCAAUUCCAGGACCACCGCGUUUACCAGCCCGAUACUGCCAAGAUUACCUGUUGAAGCUCUCAGGAGUUAGAUGAUGAGCACCUCUUCCCUGCCUCAUCCUCCCCCCAACACACACUUCCUCUACCAAGCCUGUGUGGCAGGUGAGGAGAGAUGCAGCAGAUGGAUUGAGAAGAAGGCCUAUCAAACCCGUCACUUCUACUUGAGACAUCUGGCCUGGAUGACCCUUCAAACUUUCUUAUUGGUCCCACCCCCUGGGAAAGGCCAUGGUGCCAAUUUGAAAGGUGCUAGCUACCUGAAGCCUUGAUAUUUCUUAUGGCUGCCCCACAUUCUGUCCCCCCAGGCCAGAUCAGAAUCUGAAUUCUCUCCUUCACCACCACCACUGCCCACCUUGGGCUCUUACCUUUAAGAGUUAUGUUCCCUUUCACUUAUUUUUGUUUCUCUCUCCUUGCACUUUGUCAAGAGUCCUCCAAUUUCUACUCACAAAUGGUCAUCCAAAGUAUUUCACCCAGAGAUCAUUUUGCAUCUUCCUGCUCUUAGUAACUCCUUUGCCCUAAUAACCACCAACAUAAUAGAAGCCAGGGGUCCCUCAUUUCUCUUUAAUCUCACUCCUAGUGAGACCUUUAGAGACUGGUUUUCUUAGUGCCACACCUCCCUUCCCUAGAGACUUGUUUUCAGUCCUUCCCCACUAUUGCAAAGUGGGUAAAGUAUCAUGGGUAGGAGGUAGUUUCCUGCUUCUAUCUUAGAAUGUUUCUCCCUCCCAGACUUAUCCAUAAUUUUUUCGUUCUAUAUUUUUUUGUACAGUAUGUCAGUCUUUCACCUGUUGUCUCUGUCUCUCUCUCUCUCUCUCACACACACACACACACACACAGUUUUAAAGGAUGAUGUUCUUAAACUAAAGGGACCCCUGGCCCCUACUUUCCCAUCUACUAUUUUAAGGACUGGGUUUGAGUGGUUAAAAUAUGUCUUGGUAGGGAUGGGAGAAUGGGCUUCCAUUUUCCCAGGACAAUGGACCGAACCAGCUGGAAUUUUUGAUGUAUUGGUCCGUAGCCAAAUUGGAAGAAACUUUCUGGAGACUGCACAAGACCGGAAACCUGAUGGGAGGAUUGGAGGACACAGGGGAAUAAAAAUACAGAUGCAAUUAACAUUUGAUACAGUGGACUCUUGUGAAUAUUAACAGCGAACAUUCACUGUUGCACUGUACGAAGUCUUUCAAGUGUAAUUAAACGUUUUUAUUGAG